CCGGCCGUGCUCUGCGGGCUGCUGCGGGAGCGGGACCCCGGAGGCACAGGCGGUAAGUGAGCUCCGAGCGGGAGCCGGGACGGUGUGCGCGGGACCCCGGAGCCCAGGCGCUGCCCCGGAGGGAACUCGAGCUCCUGCAGCUUUGCGCAGUGCUCAGCCUACGCGUCGGUGGUGGGAUCCGGGCGCCGUGGCCGCAGUCCCGGGGCUGGAGGUGCGCUCCUGCCUCCAACACUGCGCCCAGUACCGCAGACGCGCAGGACAGUUGGUGGCGAAGCUGUACGGGGCUCUAGUGAUAGUUGGGGGACGAGCCUCUCGGAGGACCGCACUCCCGUCCCUUCCCUGCAGUGUUUGAUCUCUCCGUGCUCUUUACGAGGAUUCCCUAGAACAGGCUGGUGGCCGCUCCGCUGUCCUGGCCCCGCGCACCACUGCACUGCCCAGGCAGGUCACCCCGAAAGCCCUUACCCCACGAGAGUACUUGUUUCGCCUUCUGAGGGACUUUUCCAAGUUGCAUCACCGUUUGGCUUCAAGCUGGGACAGUGAACCAUGGAGCUGUAUUUUGGCGAAUACCAACACGUACAGCAGGAAUACGGGGUCCACCUACGACUUGCCAGUGAUGACACUCCAAAGCCAAGGAAUUCCCAGCCCUCCAAGGCAGGCUCCUAUGGCGUCAGUAUCAGAGUCCAGGGAAUUGAUGGCCACCCUUACAUAGUCCUGAAUAAUACUGAACGGUGUCUAGCAGGAACACCUUUUCCCGAAAACGGGCCAUCGUUUCCAUCCUCAAUGAUAAAUAACCUGUCCCUACAUCCAAACAACGGGACCGUGUUAAAGGAGAACACUCCAGAAGAACUGCAGCUUCCAGAAAACCCAUACCUGCAAACCAGCCCGGUAAGAGGCCAGAAGCUGUUUUCCCUCCAUGAGGGCAGGAAUGGAGUUCUAGAACGCAAAGACGGGCCCACGAAGCUACCCCACGUGCUCAACUUCCAGAGGCACCCUGAGCUGCUGCAGCCUUAUGACCCAGAAAAGAAUGAGGUGAACUCAAAGAAGCAUCACCCUCCCGAGAGUCCCUGGCUGAGAAAUGCAACAGAGGAAGGGGCCCACUGUAAGAAGUCCCGGAGCUGCUUUCCCAAACCCUGCGGUUCCCAGCCCAACAGCCCUACUUCGGAAGAUUUAGCCAAGACAAACAUGACAGCGAUCCGUCUCUGCAGCUCUGUAGUCAUAGAAGACCCCCAAAAGCAGACCUCAGUGUGCGUGAACGUUCAGAGGUGCGCCAAGGAGGGGGCGGGAGAAGAGACCCUUUCCCCUCGACGGAAAUCUCCAACUGCCCCCAGCUCACAGGCUUACUCUGAAACCAAGAAAAGUAGGCCAGAUGUACUACCCUUCCGGCGACAAGAUUCCGCAGGACCCAUCUUGGAUGGAGCUAGGUCACGCAGGUCCUCUUCAUCAUCCACGACUCCCACUUCAGCCACUUCCUUGUACAAAUUUUUACUUGAUGAUCAGGAAUGUGCCAUUCAUGCUGACAGCGUCAACCGCCAUGAAAACAGAAGGUAUAUUCCAUUCUUGCCAGGAACUGGGCGGGAUAUCGAUACCUGCUCAAUUCCUGGUGUGGACCAAUUAAUUGAAAAAUUUGACCAAAAGCCUGGCCUUCAGAGAAGAGGACGGUCUGGGAAGAGGAACAGGAUCAAUCCCGACGACAGGAAAAGAUCCCGAAGUGUAGACAGUGCCUUUCCAUUUGGUCUCCAGGGAAAUGCAGAAUACCUCACAGAGUUCAGCAGGAAUCUGGGCAAGUCUAGCGAACACCUCCUUCGGCCAUCCCAGGUCUUCCCGCAGAAGUCAGUGGGCCAGGAGCACCGUGGGAGGCACAGCCCCAAUGGCACACUAGCAAAGCUGCAGGGUGCCCACCCCAAGCCUCCCCUGCAGAACAAAGAUGGGAAAGUUCUGAACAAAGGAAGUCAGGAGAACAUGGGGGCAUGUGCUCCCUCCCUCCCAGCACAGAAUAAGAAAGAGGAAGAAAUCAAAAUAGCCACUGCCACAUUGAUGUUACAGAACCGGGCUGUGGCUGCCACCUCUGAUUCCGGUGCCAAGAAAAUUUCAGUGAAGACAUUUCCUUCCGACUCUAGAACUCAGGCCACACCAGAUCUCUUAAAGGGCCAGCAGGAGCUCACACAACAAACCAACGAGGAGACGGCCAAGCAGAUCCUUUAUAAUUACCUCAAAGAAGGAGGCACAGACAACGAGGAUGUCACCAAAAGGAAAGUGAACCUGGUCUUUGAGAAAAUUCAGACUUUGAAGUCCAGAGCAGCAGGGAGUGUCCAAGGAAACACUCAGGCUCCGAAUUCUCCCUCUGAAGGCAACAAUCUAUUGGAUCAAAAGAACAAAUUGAUCCUAGAAGUAUCUGAACUACAGCAGCAACUGCAGCUGGAGAUGAAGAACCAUCAGAACAUCAAGGAGGAGAGAGAAAGAAUGAGAGAGGACUUGGAAGAGCUGCGAGCCCGGCACCAGAGCCAAGUGGAGGAGACAGCCACCCUGAAGAGACGGCUGGAGGAAAGUGAAGCGGAGCUGAGGAAGAACUUGGAAGAGCUGUUCCAAGUGAAGAUGGAACGGGAACAGCACCAGACUGAGAUCAGAGACCUUCAGGACCAGCUGUCGGAAAUGCACGAUGAGCUAGACAGCACCAAGCGAUCGGAGGACAGGGAGAAGGGAGCCCUGAUCGAGGAGCUCCUGCAGGCCAAGCAGGACCUUCAGGAUCUGCUCAUUGCCAAAGAGGAACAGGAAGAUGUCUUGAGGAAGCGGGAACGGGAACUGACUGCCUUGAAGGGUGCCUUGAAGGAGGAGGUUUCCAGUCAUGACCAAGAGAUGGACAAGCUGAAGGAACAGUAUGAUGCUGAACUGCAGGCCCUCAGGGAGAGUGUGGAGGAGGCAACCAAGAAUGUUGAGGUCCUGGCCAGCAGGAGCAGCUCCUCAGAGCAGAACCAAGCAGAGGCUGACCUGCGGGAGAAAGUGCUGAAAGAGGAGAAUGAGAAGCUGCAGGGAAGGAUUGCAGAGCUGGAGCGCAGAGUGGCCCAGCUGCAGAGGCAGAUGGAGGAUGUGAAGGGUGACGAGGCCCAAGCAAAGGAGACUCUCCGGCAGUGUAAGAGCGAAGUACACCAGCUAGAGGAAGACCUUGUGGUUGCCAGAAAGGAAGAGAAAGAAGCCACAUGUGCCAGAAGGGCUGUGGAGAAGGAGCUGGAGCAAGCGCAGAGAGAGCUGAGCCAGAUCUCCCAGGAGCAGAAGGAGCUCCUGGAGAAACUCCGGGAUGAGGUAGAGAAGAAGGAGCAGCUGAGAAAGCUGAAGAACGAGAUGGAGACUGAACGGUGGCACCUGGACAAGACCAUUGAGAAGCUGCAGAAGGAGAUGGCCGACAUUGCUGAGGCCUCCCGCACAUCCUCUUUGGAGCUGCAGAAGCAGCUGGGUGAGUAUAAGGAGAAGAAUCGCCGGGAGCUUGCAGAAAUGCAGACGCAACUGAAGGAGAAAAGCCUGGAGGUGGAGAAGGCCAGACUGACAGCCUCGAAACUGCAAGAUGAGUUGCGCCUCAAGGAGGAGGAGUUGCGGGACCACCAGCGAGCUGAGGAGGAAGCGCUCACAAAAAGGCAGCUUCUGGAGCAGUCGCUGAAGGACCUGGAGUACGAGCUGGAGGCCAAAAGUCACCUCAAGGAUGACCGCAGCCGACUCAUCAAGCAGAUGGAGGACAAGGUAUCCCAGUUGGAGACUGAAUUGGAAGAAGAAAGAACCAACGCUGACUUGCUGUCUGAGAGGAUCACUUGGAGCAGGGAACAGAUGGAGCAGAUGAGAAGCGAACUACUUCAGGAGAAAGCUGCCAAGCAAGACUUAGAGUGUGACAAGAUUUCCCUAGAGAGACAGAACAAAGACUUAAAGAGCCGGAUUAUCCACCUGGAAGGUUCCUACAGAUCUAGUAAGGAAGGCCUGGUGGUGCAGAUGGAGGCCAGGAUCGCAGAACUGGAGGACCGGCUGGAGACUGAAGAGAGAGAUCGGGCCAACCUGCAGCUCAACAACCGAAGACUGGAGCGGAAGGUGAAGGAGUUGGUGAUGCAGGUGGAUGAUGAGCACCUGUCCCUGACUGACCAGAAGGACCAGCUGAGCUUGCGCCUGAAAGCCAUGAAGCGCCAGGUGGAGGAGGCUGAAGAGGAGAUCGACAGACUGGAAAGUUCUAAGAAGAAGCUGCAGAGGGAGCUGGAGGAGCAGAUAGGAGUGAAUGAGCAGCUGCAGGGGCAGCUCAACUCUAUGAAGAAGGGAUUGAGGCUUAAGACACUGUCUAGUAAAGUACUGGACGACUCGGAUGACGACGACCUCAGCAGUGAUGCGGGGAGCCUCUACGAAGCCCCGCUGAGCUAUACCUUUCCCAAAGACACUAUCACCAGCCAGAUCUGAGUCUGCUUCCAGGCCUGUUGAUCCUGAUGGGACUCUGCAGCCAUCUACACUGAACAGGAGGCACUAAAUAGGGCUUGUGAGUGGAGUCAGACCCAAGGUUACCACCUCACCUUCCUCCCGGGGCCUCUGCCUGGUUGAGUGACCUUGGAUCUUAGAUAGGGAGCUAUUGACAUUUCAGAUGACCUAACUGGGACAUUUGGGGGUAAGACAAAGCCCUGUUGUGCACUGCUGUCUGCCACCACUCCUUCUCCUGUCCCUGAAAAGGUUCCAGUGCCAGCUGGAAUGAUACAGGGACAUGUAGGGAUGACAUGAUAUAUAUAUA